AUGGCACCCAUACAACCCCGCCUUCAGAUGAAGGGGCAUCUUGUAACUUUUGUUGAGGGAGACGGAACAAUCGAUUUCGACAGCACCUGCGCUGAAGCAAAGCGCCUGGCCAAACAGGACUACACUGCACUCGUGUUGCUGGGAAGAGACUGCUCCGACCUUGCCUGGACCACGCGCAUGGUUUUCGUGUGCUGA